CUUGGACGGACUGCAACCAUGCUCAGGUUUCUUCUAUUGACCUCUCUCGCAGCCCUGGCGCUGGCCGAGCUGGAGCCCCAGCCCCGGUACCUGGAGGACAGCAUGGGGGAGAGAGUGGUGGGCGGUGAGGUGGCCAACCCCAACUCCUGGCCCUGGCAGAUUUCUCUCCAGUACAAGUCUGGCAGCUCCUUCUACCACACCUGCGGAGGCACCCUGAUCAGGAGAGGAUGGGUGAUGACUGCUGCUCACUGCGUGGACAGGUCCAGGACUUGGCGUGUUGUUCUUGGAGACCACAACAUCAAAACCAAUGAAGGCAAAGAGCAGUACAUGAGCGUCAACCGCGUCUACGUCCACCCCAGAUGGAACUCCAACAACGUCGCUGGCGGGUGGGACAUCGCCCUGCUGCGUCUGUCCUCUGAUGCCACCCUCAACUCCUACGUCCAGCUGGGCUCUCUGCCCCCCUCCGGCCAGGUCCUGCCCCACAACAACUUCUGCUACAUCACCGGAUGGGGACGCACCGCCACCGGCGGCCAGCUGUCCUCCCAGCUGAAACAGGCCUACCUGCCCGUGGUUGACCACAAGACCUGCUCCAGCUCUGGAUGGUGGGGUAGCACUGUCAAAGACUCCAUGGUCUGUGCCGGAGGCGGAAACGACUCUGGGUGCCAGGGUGACUCCGGCGGCCCCCUCAACUGCAAAGUCAACGGCAAGUGGGUCGUCCACGGCGUCACCAGCUUCGUGUCUUCCUCUGGUUGCAACGCCUACAGGAAGCCGACUGUCUUCACCCGCGUCUCCGCCUACAUCAGCUGGAUGAACGGAAUCAUGGGCUGAGAAGGAGACGGAUCUCCGUGGAGACAAAGUCAGCCUGGAUCCAUCUCCGUUUCUGCACAACUGUAUCGAUGAGAAUAAACUGUAUUAUCCAAC